AUGGACACGAGUCACAUGAAACCCAUCAAGCUGGCUAGGGCAACCAAAGUGCUAGGCAGGACUGGUUUGCAGGGACAGUGCACACAGGUGCGCGUGGAAUUUAUGAAUGACACCAGACGCUCUAUCAUCCAAAACGUCCAAGGCCCAGUUCCGGAGGGUGAUGUGCUCACCCUAUUGGCGUCAGAGACAGAGGCUUGGAGGUUGCGCUGA